AUGCCCGCCUCAGCGAAGCGCUCACAGCGCACCCGUCGCGAUGCCCGCCGCGAUACUUCUCCUGCAAGAAUAGAGGAUAGUUCACCCACCCGACCAGCCAAACGUCGUAGGAAGGUUGAUGAGCCCCCGCCUACCGAGCCCGCCGACGAAGAUGAGUCCAGCCUCACUGCUGACCAGUCUGGCCAGCCCAUAAGCGAUGACGAUCAGCUGCUUGCCCAGGUCGUUCAGCACUUCCAAGUGCCCAAGGAGGGUCCCGCCCAAGCAAGCAAAGACCAUGCGAACUCAAUACACGAAGCGAAUGGAAGUGGCGUCCAGGCGUACGCCAAGAUUGCGGCGCAGGACUGGACUUUCUACAUCACCAAACUCAUCGUCAAUAUUGGCCGCCCAUCCGAGGGCGUCACUGAGGACGACGAGGAAUUCAUCCACAUCGACCUCGGCCCGAGCAAAAUGAUUUCGCGACAGCACGCCCGCAUCUACUUCAGCUCCAAAGAAGAAGUAUGGUACCUUGAGGUCAAGGGUAGGAAUGGAGUCAAGGUGAACAACAUUGGCCUGAAGCAAGGAAGUCUACGUCGCCUAGAGGGUGGCGAGGUUCUGGAAGUUGGUGGUACAGAGAUGAUAUUUGUGCUGCCCACUGAGAUCAGCCCCCUUCACAUUGACCCCCUCUACCUCAAGAGGGCCGGCCUGUCACGGCAACACAUCACGAGCCCACCUCAGCCGAGAACAGACUUGCCGGAAGAACCCUCUUCAGCGCUGGGCUCAACCAUCAGGAGUUCCCGAGGUCAGCAGUUCCGCCAGCCAAUCGCGCCGGCCCCGGCAGACUACAAGCGGCCAGGUACCCCUCCCUCAGCUAUGCGCGGGAAGCCCACACUCUCGCAGCACAAGUCACCACACUAUUCGAGCUCCGGCACCUUACUACUGAACUCAAACGAUAUCGACCUCAGCCUCGACGAGAACAAGCAUAUCAAGCCUCAGUAUAGCUAUGCGCAAAUGAUCACUCAGGCCAUCAUAAACACACCAGAGGGGAAACUCAACCUCAACGGUAUCUAUAACUUCAUCAUGAACAACUAUGCUUACUAUAGACACCAGCAGGCUGCUGGCUGGCAGAACUCUAUCCGCCAUAACUUGUCCUUGAACAAGGCUUUCGACAAGGUCGCCAGAUCCACGGAUGAGCCUGGCAAGGGCAUGAAGUGGCAGAUUGUGCCCGAGGCUCGAGAGGAAAUGACCCGAAGCGCUUAUAAGGGCGGCCGAGGCGGACACAGAGGCUCAUCUGCGCCAUCAUCGCCCAGUCAGUUGAACUACAUCACUCAUGGGCCGAGAGACGUAAACGCCAGAGAGCCUACGUCAACACGGAAGAGAAAAGUCUCCGCGACGGGUUCGCCACCCCCGAGCUCAUCACUGGCUGCUGUUCAAUCUACACCAGACCGUAGCACUCGCCGUCUCGCCCCUCCGAGUACGGCGUUGACUAUUGACGGAAGCCCUCUGCCACGACCACGCAAGGGGGGCGCAUCUGCAUCGAACAGCUUUACCUCGACAAGCUACAAUGACCAAUCACCUACACUAACCUCGUCUUACCUUCCAGACGAAAAUACUUCCUUCGUGACGCCAGCGCCUCAUCGCGUCCAUCCUCGAUUGGCCCCCCCGAGUACCGCUCAGCGGCCGAGCCAGCAUAUGCCUACCAGCUCACCAGCGCCAUUCUGGAAGUACGCAGACAUUGGGAGCACGCCCCUGAAGCCUGCCGCCCAUUUCGACAUGAGUCCGUCCAAGCCUUCCUUAGGUGGCAUCCCGCAAAGUAGCAGUCCACCUCCUGCGAAGUCGCCCAAUAGCCCUACACGAUCUCAACACAAGGAAUCAUCACGAGAGGCGCCGAGUGAACCAUCCAAUCCGCCCGAGAUUGAGGAGGAGCAAGGCUUUGAUUUGGCAAAAGUAUUGGGUCGUAUCAUGCGCCUGUGA